UCCAUGCAUCCGAAGGUCGUGUGGGAGAUGUCUUGCGCAACAUUCACUUGCCUUCACAGGGCACAAUGUCAGAAGUGCAGUGAUGGAGUAUGGGAUGUGGGACCAGGUAAGAGUGGACCAUGGGAAGGAGUUCUACCUUACAUGCAGGAGAAAUUGACCAGCCACCGCUACAACACCGAGAGGCCAACAUAUAUGCAAACACCAUCAACAAAGAAUCACACUAUUGAAAGAAUUUGGCCUGAAAUCAAAAAUAGGGUGAACUACCCUUUGAAAGUGGCAUUGGUCCAACUGGUGGAUCAGGAGGCGUUGGAUAUGGAGGACAGCAUGUUCAAAUUCUGUGUGUCAUCCUUGACAUGCCAGUUGGCUCGGCUUGGAAUUGACCGUGUUGUGCAAGCGUGGAAUGCCCACAGGAUUUCCGGAAAGGGAAUCCCCAGUUACUUGGCCAGAGAGGGAUGCCCAAAACGUGUAUCCACAGACCUUUUGCCGGAGUCAUCAGUGGCUGCAGACUGGUAUGAGCAAGAGGUGGGAUCAUUGACAAGAGUGUCACACUUUGGCACCAACCCCUUUCAGAGUGCACAGGACCAGGAAGCUGCAGAGAGGGAAUUUGCUCUGCAAUGGCCAGAUGUGAGUGUAAUGUUGGACAAUGCUGUCAACAAUCAGCCAGAAAAUGUUAAGUCUGGACUCCAAGACCUGAUUGAUUUGACCAGAAGACAUUGUCAGCGUUGA